AUGUAUGGCAUCGCUCCCAAUGAUGUAUUUGCAAUACUUCUCGCGGCUCGACACCCUCAUUUGGAGCUUCUCGGCGUCACGUCCUGCUAUGGAAAUGCGGAACAAAAAUAUACUACUGACAAUACGAGUGCUGUACUCGGGGCUGUAGGCAGGGCGGAUGUCAAGGUAUAUCCUGGCGCAACGAAGCCUUUCUGCCGGGAAUUUAUCGAGCCACCUGAAAUACAUGGCGAUACGGGACUUGGGGGGACAAGCUUGCUUCCUCAGCCGGUGUCCAAUAUCGUCCGCGACGUCAAUUUUCUCGUGGCUGCACGUGAUGCCAUCAUGGCGCAACCGGCGCACACGGCAUGGUUCGUAAUCACAGGACCAUGCACGAAUGCGGCACUGCUGUUUGCGACUUUUCCUGAAGUUGUCGACCAUCUGGCAGGACUCAGCAUCAUGGGCGGAGCUGUCGGAGGCGACUUUUGUCCUCAGGUGUCGAAGGAGUUUGGCAAGACACUCGGCCAGAGUGAAGGCUUUGGCAACGAGACUCCAUGGGCCGAGUUCAACAUCUACUGUGACCCCGAAGCAGCGCAUGCCAUCUUCUCGAACCCGGGACUAGCCGCGAAAACCACGUUGGUCACUCUAGAUCUCACGCACCAGUGCUUGGCGACGAAAGAAGUGCGAGCGCGACUCCUCGGUCCUGGCAAGCCGAGUCGACUGCGAGAGUUUUUGCAUGAGAUCCUCCAAUUCUUCGCACAGAGCUAUGUUGAAUGGUUCGGGGUAUAUGAAGGCCCUCCCCUGCACGACCCUCUCGCUGUUGCUGCACUUUUUGGGUACGAUUCGGGGAUAUAUGAAGAGGAUGGCGACAGGUACAGUAUUGCAGUUGUGACGGAUGGAGCACACAGCGCGCUCGACUCGGUGAGGGGCCAAGUGGGAAGGACGGUACUGACCAAGAUGGAGGCUCUCUCGGACAGGACUGCUGCUGGGGUCAGGGUUCCGCGAAAAUUGCACACGCAUUCGUUUUGGGAUGUCCUCGAACAAUGUGCCGUGAUUGCCGACAAGGCUCAAUCACCGCAAGUAUAG